AUGGACCACUCUCUACCUCGCAGGGCUUCUGCACUGGGCGUAUCAUCCCCUACGCGUCUGGAGAUGUACCACAGACCAUACCCUACUGCUCGGACUAAUUCCCCUUCGCCUCUCGAUGGCAGCUUUGCUCAGGUGCCACCAUGGUCGAGUCCACGGCUGACCCCCGCAUCCACCCCGCCGCCGAUGUCCCCCGUGCACUUUCCCCCAUCCCCACUCGACGUGCCGCCGAGCCCGAGCAUAUCGGAGAGUGCACCGACAAUAUGUGGUAUGCCGCUGAAAUACGUCUCCUUGGUCACACUCGCAGUGCAGAAUGCUGCUCUGUCCAUUGUGAUGCACUACUCACGGGUAUCGAUACCGGCAUCAGAGGCGUACUCUCCUGCAUCCGCAGUGCUCCUGAACGAGCUGCUCAAGGGAUCCAUCUCAUUCGUCAUAGCCUUCCUUAGGGUUGUCGACGCAUCUGACGCGUCGGGUAAGGGUAUCUCGGUCUGGUGGUGGGCGCUGCAGAGAGUAUGUCGCGAGAUUUUCAGCCGCGAUUGCUGGAAAUUGUCAAUACCGGCCAUCCUUUACGUGGUGCAGAAUUCACUGCAGUUUGUCGCCAUCAGCAAUUUACCGGUCGCUACAUUCCAGGUCACUUACCAGAUGAAGAUCCUCACCACGGCUGCGUUCUCCGUCAUGCUCCUUCGCAAGAAGCUGGGCUCGACAAAAUGGCUCUCGCUCUUCUUCCUCGCCAUUGGGGUCGGUAUUGUGCAGAUUCAGACCAGCACUACAUCUGCACCACAGAACACACCUGUUGGUAGUGCUCACGAGUCGGCACCGCUCCACGUCCACAUCAUGAGCCCGCUCAAGGGCUUCGGUGCGGUGGCAGCAGCAUGUUUCACCUCUGGCCUCGCUGGCGUCUACUUCGAGAUGGUGCUCAAGAACUCGAAGGCGGACCUGUGGGUGCGGAACGUACAGCUAUCAUUAUUUUCCCUCGUCCCCGCCGUGCUCCCGAUCUUCUGGGAGAAGUCGCCCAUGUAUGUGCGGGACGGGAUUAUUUAUGGUUUCUUCCGGAACUUUGGUGGAUGGGCUUGGGCGACGGUCGCAGUACAGGUGCUGGGCGGGCUGAUCACCGCGAUUGUCAUCAAGUACUCGGACAAUAUUCUUAAGGGCUUCGCAACCAGUCUAUCCAUCGUCCUCUCCUUCCUCGCGUCUGUGGCACUAUUUGGCUUCCGCAUCACACCUUCUUUUUUAAUUGGAUCGACAACCGUGCUGGUGGCAACGUGGAUGUACAACCAGCCUCCAGGCCAGGAGCUCGUGGCUAUUACCAACGUCAUCCCGGUCAUACCUGCAAAGUCAGAAAAAUCGUUCAGCGCGGCUGUCAGUCCGAACGCACCCAUCAUUGGCCAGUUCUCUUCUCAGAAGAAGUCUCCCUCACCAUUCGGCAGUCCACGCAUGAUCGCGAGCGCGAUGGGCUUCGGGGACGACAAGAACGACAGCGAGAGCCUAUUCGGUGCGACACUGGACACUACGCGGUAUCUGAGCGCACCUUACGGCUCGCCAUAUCCUUCGCGGACGCCUUCGCCGAUUCCGACGCCACCCUCUCCUCAUCAUGGGUCACAGGGCAACCCCGCUACUCCGCAUUGGCAUUAA